GCCAUCUAGACGAUGCACAUACUCUCCUGGGGAAAAUUACGCCGCCAGACAAAAUACAGAUAAAAAAAAAAAAAAGAUACAUUUCUAACAACAACGAUGUCUGUAAAUUAUGCAGCUGGGCUCUCACCGUACGAAGACAAAGGUGUUUGUGGUCUUCCCGAGACGUUCGAUGGUCCUGAGGAGCUGAAGGCGAAGGCAGAGACUCUCGCUCAGUUGAUUAAAGAGUCUCAGUACUUGGUUGUCCACUCCGGAGCUGGAAUCAGCACUUCGUCAGGCAUCCCCGACUUCAGAGGUCCAAAAGGGGUGUGGACGCUAGAACAAAAGGGCGAGUCGCCCCACUUCGACACCACGUUUGAAGAUGCCCGUCCCAGCUUAACUCACAUGGCCCUCCUGGGGCUGCAGCGGGCCGGGUACCUCAAGUACCUCAUCAGCCAGAAUGUGGACGGCCUGCACGUUCGAUCCGGCUUUCCCAGGGAUAUGUUGUCCGAGCUUCAUGGGAACAUGUUUGUGGAGGAGUGCGAGAAGUGUGGCAGGCAGUACGUCAGAGAAAAGGUGAUCGGCGUGAUGGGGCUGAAGCCGACGGGACGAUACUGCGAUGUGGUGCGAUCCAGGGGACUCAGAGCCUGCAGAGGGAAGCUGAUCAGCACCAUACUGGAUUGGGAGGAUGCUCUUCCUGACAGAGACCUGAACAAAGCAGACGAUGCCAGCAGACGAGCAGACCUGGCGCUGACUCUGGGCACAUCCAUGCAGAUCAAACCUAGUGGAGACCUCCCCCUGCUCACCAAGCGCAAAGGAGGGAAAAUAGUUAUUGUCAACCUGCAGCCUACCAAACACGACAAGCAUGCACAUCUGCGUAUCCAUGGUUACGUAGACGAGGUCAUGAAGCAGCUCAUGGAGCUGCUGGGGCUGGACAUCCCAAAGUGGGAGGGGCCGACCGUCUGCGAGAGCUCCAGCGCCACCUCUGAGCCCACCGCAGACACGAAGCCUCCGAAGAAAAGGGCGAAGAAGGACGUCAUUAAAGAGGAGAGGAAACGAGAAGCGACGCCGUUAACGGACGUUAAGGACGAAACUGUUGCAGUGAAGAAGGAGGAAGCUGACGUCCCAGUGGAGACAAGUGAACAGAAAUAACUUCAGACACUUUUUUUUUUUUUUUCAAACCCAUCCAGAAACACACAUUACAGGUGACUAGUUUGAUCACGUCCGUGGAGAAGAGGAGAUUUUAAACAGACUCAUAAGUUGGACUCCUCCCAUCAGGUGGACGUUUGAUCAGAAAUGUGUACAUAGACUGUAAUGUAAGAGCUCCUCCGGUCAAAGCGAGCUGGGAGGUUUACUUUAGUUAGAGGGACAGUUUUUAACAGACAAGGACAACGAGAUGAGAUCUAGAGCACGUUGUUAUAAAUAAAGUUUUUAAUAAGGUGCUCCUUUUUAUAAGCAGCUUUAUUUAUAGACAUUAGCUCCUGAUCUCAUCACUACGUAUCUCGUGUUUAAAGGCUCCUUGGGUCAAUAUGCCAUGAAAAGGAAUUUAAAAGCGAGCAUCUGCAACUCUGAUCGAGUAGUAGCUACACGCGGCUGAGGGAAGCAUGAGUGAACCGUAGUCAUGCUGUAUGUUUCUAGGACGUUUUUAUCUCAGGAAAAAAAAAAUGGCGUACUUU